AGACAGAUAAGGUUGUGUCUUUCCAACUUUUCUAUGGAUCAGUUACGCAUUGCAUGUAUAGCUUUAGACCAGCAGUCGUCACUGUGUUUCUUUCUGGCCAGUGUAAGAUCAGUAAGAGGCUUUUGUUGGUGACAAACAUCUACAGCACUUUCUGCAAUAUGUUCAUGUGAUAUUUGAUAGGAUUAAUGGGGUGGGGCACAGAUACAGUAAAGGAACACAAACAGCACCACCUCAAAUUUAUGAACGUCUUGCAAAAAUGUUGAACUGUUGGCUAGAAUGUUAUCAACAGUUACAAGACAAAAUGUUAGAAAUAUAGAAAAAUGGGAUUGAAAACAAUCUGAGACACUCCUAAGUGAAGCUAGUUUACAACAUAAACUAUCUAAAUGAAAAAGUAUGUUUUAUUCCCUUCAUGACUUAUCCAAAAUUCUAACUUUAUAAGGCAGAACUUUACAAUGACGUCCAGCUAUAAACACUGUAAUAGCCUAUAUAGUGUAAGUCAGUUAUGAACACCCCAGGGACAAGUCUAAAAUACAGAUUGUUUUGGUAUAGAUUUAUAACGGCACUGUAUUCAAUGAAUUAUCCCAAUUUAAAAAAAAAAGAUUGACUAGAUAUGCUAAGGUAGAAUAGUAAAGACCUAAACAAUUUAGUUGACGGGAGCGUCGUUUAUUUUUAAUCCGCGUCGUAAUGUGAUAAAUUAACCUGCAGGGAAUUGUGAAGAGUUCAGUGGAAGCACAUUACUCUGAGCACUGAAUGCCCACAAUCACAACAAACUCUCUCAUCUAGCCUAUUACUCCUUAUAGGCACACAGCUGUAGAACGUUGUGCCUUCCCAGGGUAGGAGCCCCUAUCAGCUACAGAACGACUCCGCAAGCACAAAGGUCGAAGACAGAACAGGUCACAACUGGCAUACUGUCAUGAGCUGGGAGAAUACUCCAGGACUGUGAAGAUUAAACAUUUUCCCGAUGAAGGUGAUUUGGAAGUCCAUUGUGAAGACAUGGAACAUGUGCCUCAGCACCUGGGCCUGACAACCACUGAGGCCCUGACUGUACUGCACACACAGCUGUCAGGAGCCCUGUCGGACUUCAGGAGGAAGAAAAGGACAGAGACAACCUGGGAGGCUCUGUGGAAACAGAGUUUCCUGCACCACAGCAUGCGCUGGUCCAGCCUGCACUGGCCUGGUGCCCUGCUCACACUGCUGUCUGCGCUGGCACUGCUGGCCUGCCACAGCACCCCAACUCCACCCAGCCACCAGGUGGCACUGCUCAGCGGUGGUGCCCUGCUGCUCCUCCUGAUGGUCAGUCUGGCGGCCCUGGCAUGGCAGCAGCACCUGAGGACCCAGGAGAUGCCACGCCGGGUGCAGGCCCUCUUGCAAACCAUCCAUGGUCUCCUGAGCCGCACUCAGCCUGACUGGACAGAAAGCUACAUGACCCUAUUCUCCCUGCCAUCUCAGGCCAUUUCUCUGCAGUGGACAUACCGUGACGGUCAUCUUGUCAACCUGCCAGUCAGCCUGCUGGUGGAAGGUGACAUCAUCGCUCUGCGGCCAGGGGCCGAAGCUCCUACGGCUCUCAGGGGCAUUCAGGAGGAGGAGCAUGUGGUCCUCUCCCGGGGGGAUGUUUUCAGUCAUCUCUCCUCUCCACCUUCCCCACUGGAUAGUCACAAGCCUCGCCCUCAUAACCUGGUCCACCCACAACUCUUCAGGGUGACAAAGACGCCAGCUGUCAGAAUUUUGCAGCAGUGUCUGGAGAUGGGGCCACAGCGGCCAGUCACAGUGCUGGACAACGAGCGCUUCACGGCACAGAGACUGCUGGAGACGUGGGUCGCACCGCUGGUGCUGGUGGUGUCAGUGAUAGUGAACCUCACCCGCUACCUUCUGGGAGCCCCAGGGGUGGGCCCCUGGCCAGUCCCAGUACUACAACUACCGGUGAACGGGGUGCUGCCCCUGCUGCCCCUGGCCUUCCCGUUGCUAUGGUUGCAGGUCAGUGUGUAUGGCGAGGCCACGGUGCUCAACCAGCUGGGAUCCCCACCCUGGGACUGGAAGGACUGCUGGAGGAGGUACGUCGCGGUACUGUGCGGUUCUUCACCAGCUCUGUGCCAUACCACCAGCCUUCUGCAUAGCCUGGGUUCGGUCACAGUGCUGUGCUGUGUGGAUAAGCAGGGGAUCCUAUCCUGGCCCAGUCCGAACCCGGAGAAGGUUCUGUUUUUCAGCAGACACCCCUGUACUGAUGGAGACAGCAAGAGGAACGCCAGGGAUCCCAAAUACAGCCCCCAGCCACCCCUCUUAUCUCCUGGUGGGAGUGUUCUGCAGGUGCUCAGCCUUUCCCCAGACAGGCAGGCGGACAUGAAGGUGCAGUUUGAUGACUCGCGUUGGCAGUGCCACACCCCCUCGCUGCUUCCACUGGGCCUGGGCGCCCUCCUGGCCUUCUGUGACCCCUGUGCCACGGCUACUCACUGGCGCCUUGCGGACCACCUGACCCACGCGGCACUGCUGAGGAGCCGGCCACGCUGCCAGCCCGUGUGUCUGCCCUGGGGGCUCUGUGAGCUGGCCCGCAUCCUGGGGUUCAGGCCUUCAGCGCAGGAGCCGUUCCAGCAGCAGAUGAGCAUGGCAGCCUAUACUCUGCCCAACGCCCCCCGUGUGCAGGAUGCCUAUCCCUGGCAACCACAGAUCCUAGCCCUGAGGAGGCUGCCUUUCCCUCAAAUCAUCAGCCUGGCGGUUCACGACGGAAACACAGGCUGCCUGCAGCUCUUCUCGUACGGUUCGGCUGAUGCUGUCCUUUCGGCCUGCACUGAAUUCUGGGAUGGCACAGACCUCUGCCCCCUCACCGACACUGACAGGAAGAAGGCCCUUGAUUUCUACCAGCGCUCUUGCAUGGCUGGUCACUGCUUAGCCCUGUCAUUCAAACCCCUCCUGCACCCUCUGGACCCUGAAAUCAAUGGCAAGUGUGUGGAGCUGCCCCAUGGAUCAUAUGCUUGCACCACAGGAGUGGACAGUGAGAGCACCCCAGAGAGGGAUGGCCCCCACCUCCCCCUGGACCAGCACAUCUUCCUGGGGCUGGUGUCCUCCCAGUACCAGGCCCGCCCUGACAUGGUGCGCCUCAUCACGGGGCUGGACAGCGCCUGCAUCCGCUUCGUCUACUUUUCCGUGGAGGAGGAGGUCAGGAGCAAGGUGUUUGCAGAGAAGAUGGGUUUGGAGACUGGCUGGAACUGUCACAUCUCCCUGCAGUCCGACCGUUUCCCCCUUGACACCGAGAGUCUGAGAGACACUGAUUCACCCGUCGUGGAGAGAGAGGAAGAUAUGGAGGAGGAGUGCCUUCUGGAUGCGGAGGGGAGGCCAGCUGAGAAGACCACCUUCAGCGGCCUGGACAGUGAGGGGGCCUGCCUAUUAGAGGACCUGAACAGGGCAAAGCUUCCCAAGGGCAUUGAGAAUGUGCGCCCCCAUCUGGAAAAGAUUGACAACGUGCCCUUGCUGGUGCCUCUUUUCACAGACUGCACCCCUCAGACAAUGUGUGAGAUGGUGCAGGUGAUGCAGGAGUACGGGGAGGUGGUGUGCUGUCUGGGCAGCAGCCAGAACAUCAACAACAAUGCUGUCUUCCUCCAGAGUGAUAUCAGUAUCGCUCUGGAGCCGCUCCUUCCUUCCUGCUGUUGGUCUGAUUAUGACACAUCUACCCCCCCGACUUCCAGGGGCCCACCUGCCUCUAAGUCAGCCCCACUUUCGCCUGCUCAGCUCGCAGGCGCCCUCUGUGGGCUGCCCUGUACCAUUCACCUGGGCUCCCAGGACAACACCACCAUCAUUCGACUCAUCAAGCAGAAGGCGCGGCACACCACCUCUGGAAUCAGGAAGUGCUUCCUGUUCCUGCUGCAGUGCCAGCUCUCUCUGGUCCUGAUCCAGAUCCUAGCCUGCGUGUUUCAGCUUCCACCGCCUCUCGGCACAAACGAUGUGCUGCUCCUUUCCUGUUUCUACUUUCCCCUUCUCAGCGUGUCCCUCUUGGGGAAGCCCUCUGACAGCUCGAUCAUGAAGGUGCCCACUGGGAAAAACCUGCGCUUCCUGCCCAAGAAGACCCAGCAGUUCUUUGUCUUCUAUUUCCUGGUGAAGUUUGGCCUGACUGUCUGCACCUACCUGGCGUGUUUUGGCUUCACGCUUCACGGAUUCUGUCUGAAGAUCAACCACGAGGCUGCUGAUCUCUGCCACCCGGCAGCUCUCCUAAUGAACUCCACAGACUCAUCCCCUGAUUGGUUCAGAGAACACUUGGAUGGACUCGCCCUGGCCCAGAAGAUUAUUGCCUUUUUCAUCUUGCUGAAUGCAUUGUGCACGUCGGUCAGCCACGUACAUCGCUCCAACCCCUUGUGGAGACAGAGCCCCCUGAGUAACCGGUGCUGGUGUGCAGCCCUCGUCGCUGUGCCCACUCUCCAGGUCUCCAUAGCCACAGGGACCCAUCUUCUUUGGAGAGAUCCAUCUGCCCAUUUAACCUUUGACCUCUCUGACAUCCCAGCAGCCACCUGGCUCCUGGGGUUCCUGUGGCUGCUGCCCCUAAUGUGUAUCAACGAGGGCAUGAAGCUGCAUGAGAUCAGGAUGAGGGUGCGGUAUCAGAGGAGGCAGAAACUUCAAUUCGACACCAAGCUGGGGAUGAACUCGCCGUUCUGAAAUGAGUGUUACCACCCAUACCACGGACUGGCCUUCAGUCUCUCCCCCGCAUUGUAAAUCUGCCGCUCCUGGGAAGAUGAAGGGGAGACACAGGUGUGCAUGCACGCAGGUGCUCACAGCGGUGGAGCAAUAAGAGCUGAAGUAAGAUGAGGGACAGCAGAUGUCGCCCUCCUCUGGUCAAUCUGGGGAAAUUCCAACACUUCUUUGCAACACAGAACAGCAAAAUAUGUUGAGUGUUAAAAGGAAACUUACAGAUGAAACACAUUCACGAUGUUACUUCUGUUUUUAGUAUUAGGUAUACUGACAAAGGAGGUUGCAAAGGCUUUGUGUUGUGGGAUUCUGUCCCCUUUUGCUUGUUGAGGAAUGCUUGGACAAGGAAAUGCAUUCUCUAUCAUUCAAAGAACAUACACGUGUAAACUGUUUCAUUUGAUGAUCGGUAUAUAAUAAGCUCUGACUAAAAUACAGUUGCAGAGUACAAGUCUCUUUGUUCAUACAAUAAACUGAGGCAGAAAAGUUGUGCCUAUGGGUUACAUUUCAUUAGAAUAAUUUGAGAAUUAGAUCAUUUUUCUCUCCGGAGUGUGUUGUUUAUAACAUUUAAUUGUUGUUAUAACAAAAAAUGAACCAAAAUAUUAAGCACUCUGACAUGCCCCAUCAGGUGA